ACAGCUUGCUUAUUCAUAUCCAUCCACAAAUAAACAGUACAAGUCGAAGGCUCCUCUUCCCCUUUUCGAUUCUCAUCCAAUCAAUUGAAGCUUUUAACCCUAACCCUAUCUCGGUUGUGUUUUGUUCAAGAAUUCUUUAUGCACCACCACCCUAAUUGAUCGGGUUUGUUCGGUCAGUCGUUCGUUUCCGUGGCGAAUUCCGGCUUCAAGGGACAUAAUAUAGCACCUGUGAAGUAGCGCGCGCGUUGGGGUUCGUAGAGAUCCGGCUUUCUCCUGCGUACCAUCGGGUUCGUGAAGACUGCAGUGUUCCACAGUCGGCAAAAGAUCGUCUCUUCAGCAAACCGGCUAUUGUGACCCUGUUGUUUAAUCAAGGAGGUGACGUAAUCCGGCCUUCUUCUGCGGUUCCGGAAGAUCUCGUGCUUUGAUUUCAUCAUCCAGCCUCCCUUAUGCAACGAGCUUCAAGACAACUCUGGUCUGAUCAACCGUAGAAAUCCUAGUUACUUCUUUUGUUGGACAUGUUGACGAGUCAGAAUAGGCUCUGGAGGACUUUGCCGACACAGGCUGUUCGAGUUUGGUCUGAUUGAUCUUCUUCAGCCAUUGAAAGAAAAAAGAGAAUAGUUUUUAGAACUUUUGUACUUGUUAUCAAUCUUAGGUUCAGUUCAAUAUAAGGCCUAUAUAAUUCAUUAUUUGAAGGCCUUUUUUUAUUUCUGUUGUUGACUCUGAGGUGAAAGAAGAAUUUUACGAAAACCAAUCAUGGCGGUGUAUUUUAAGUUUAAAAGUGCAAAAGAGUUUGAUUCAAUUCCAAUUGACGGACACUUUAUUUCUGUUCUGAAUUUGAAAGAAAAAAUAUUCGAAUCCAAGCAUUUGGGCAGGGGUACAGAUUUUGACCUCGUUGUCACCAACGCCCAGACUAAUGAAGAAUAUCUUGAUGAAGCUGCAUUGAUUCCAAAAAAUACUAGUGUUUUAAUACGUCGAGUUCCUGGACAACCUCGCCAGCCCAUAGUUACUGCACCAGUUACUGAACUAGAAGAGGCCAAGGCUGAAUAUUUGUAUGAGGAGGUCGAGCCUGCAAAAAGCGGUCUUGUGGGAGUUGAAUCUUUUACAAGCAAAUAUCCUGAAGAUUUGGAUUGGGAUGAAUUUGGCAAUGAUUUGUACUCAAUUCCUGAAACCAUGUCAUAUCAGUCGAGCAAUCCUGUACAAGAGGCCCCACCUUCUAGUAAAGCUGAUGAAGAAAGCAAGAUUAAAGCUUUAAUCGACACACCUGCCUUAGAUUGGCAGCAAACACCAACUGAUGGCUUUGGUGCUGGUAGAGGUUACGGCCGUGGUCCAGGCGGGAGGAUGAUGAGUGGGCGUGGCUUUGGUCGAGGAGGAUUUGAGCGUAAAACACCACCGCCGGGCUAUGUAUGUCACAGGUGCAAGGUGCCCGGGCAUUUUAUUCAACAUUGUCCAACAAAUGGUGACCCCAAUUUUGACGUCCGGAAGGUGAAGCCUCCAACUGGUAUUCCAAAGUCCAUGCUAGUGACUACCCCAGACGGUUCAUAUGCUUUACCAAGUGGGGCCAGUGCUGUUAUGAAGCCAAAUGAGGCUGCCUUUGAUAAAGAAGUUGAGGGCAUGCCUUCUACGCGCUCCGUAGGCGAGCUUCCUCCGGAACUUCAUUGUCCUUUAUGUAAAGAAGUCAUGAAAGAUGCUGUGCUUACUAGCAAGUGUUGCUUCAAGAGUUUCUGUGACAAAUGUAUAAGAGAUUGCAUCAUUUCUAAAUUGAUGUGUGUCUGUGGGGCGACUAAUGUUCUUGCUGAUGACCUUUUACCCAAUAAGACUCUAAGAGACACCAUCAAUCGAAUUCUGGAAUCUAAUAACAGCAGUGAACAUGGAGGCAGUGUUCUUCAAGUUCAAGAUAUGGAGUCUGCUCGAACUCCUUAUCCUAGGAUUCCGUCCCCUUCACAAUCUGUUGCUUCGCGAGGAGAUAAGAUGCUCCUGGCACCACCUCUUCAGAAGGAAGAGACUUCAAAGGCUCAAGAAGCAAUAAAAGAAGCAAAGGUGGAGACUGUUCUAAAAGUGUUGGAGAGAGGGAAAACUUCAAAGGUGGUUGAUGUUUCAGAAGCUACACAUGAGUCAAUUAGUGCGAAAGAACCAGCUUCUCAAGGAAGUGCUCCACUGGUUGAUGAAGAAGUCCAGCAGAAGCAAGCUGCUUUAGAUGCUGGAAAGAAGAAGAAAAAGAAGAAACCCCGCAUGCCUUCAACCGUUGCUGAGAUGCAGUGGAGAGCAUCCCAGGAUAUGGGUGCUGAGAAUUAUAUGAUGCCCAUGGGUCCUUAUAAUCCAUAUUGGGCAGGAAUGCAACCUGGAAUGGACGGAUUUGGAGGCCCAUUUCCUGGUCCCAUGCCAUAUAUGAAUUAUGGUUUUGGCCCGUUGGAUGUUCCGUUUGGUCCGAUGGUGCCACCGAAUCCAUUUGGAGGACAAAGUUGCAUGUUACCACCUUUUGUCCCUCCGCAGAGAGAUCAGGCUAUUAUGGGAUUUAAUGCUGGCCCUCCUAUCAUGAGCCGGGAGGAAUUUGAAGCUAGAAAAGCAGAUUUGAAGAGGAAGCGUGAGUUUGAAAUGCGGAGAGAGAGGGAAUCGAAAGAUCCAGAGUGCAGUAGAGAAGUUAGCAGCAGUGGAGACGUUUCUUCUCUAAAAUCAAAAUCAAGGCAGCCUCUCCCACCACCAUCAAGUUCAGACCACCUCUACCACCGCCGAUCUGAGAGGCAUCUCUCUCCAGAAGAUCACCGUUCUUGUGACCCUGAAUUACCUCGUCCUUCUUCCUUGUCCAAGAGAAAGUCUGAUGACCACCGCACUAAUCACCAUCGUGAGAAGGGCCAACGUGAUGCUGUUCACCAUCAUUACAACCAUCGUGAUCAUGACCGUGACCGUGAGAACCGUGAUCGUGAAUCCUGUACACGGGACCGUGACUUGCAGCACCAUCGUUCAAUAAAGCUGUCAGACGGAUCAGCGAGGCCGCCACCUUCGUCCACCUCAUUGGAACAUCUGACGACGAUGACAACAAACUCAUCCAAAUCAGCAGCAGAUGAUGAUAAAAAGGCAAAAAAGAGUGUGUUUUCCCGCAUAAGCUUCCCCGAGGAAGAAGACGCUGAAGCAUCAGCUUCCAAGAAGCGGAAAAUGCCAUCAUGCAAUGAAGCACCCGUCACUAGUCAUUAUAACAAUUAUUCCAUUGCAUCAAAUGGGAACAUUGAAGACCCUAAAUAUAUGGUGGCAUCAAGGACGAUGAAGAACAACGUGGCUGAUUAUGAGAGUAGUGAUGAUGAGCGCCAUUUCAAGAGAAGGCCAUCUAGAUACGAGCCAUCACCUCCUACCUCCCCGCCUCCAAAAGGUUCACGGGGAGAGAGAGAGCAUGGACAGGAUCGGGGGUGUGGGUCUCGCAGCAGGCAUAGAUAGAUAGAGAGAUGUGAUCUGCUUAAGAAGAUAUUUAUUUAUUUAUUCAUGGCAGACUGGAGAAGAAUGGUCUUGAUUGACGGUGUGUAAUGUAAUCAAGUGUUGGAGCAUUUUGUGGCCUUCAAUUCUUCAAAGCUCCCGAGUCCCAAGUCCCAACCCAUUAAUUUGCUUUUCCUUUCCAUGUAAUAAAUUGUAGAUGAGUUUUUUCUAAUAUAAUACGUAGUAUACACAAAGGCAAAGUACGUCCGAUCUGUACUUGUUAGUGAUAUGUUUGUUGGGAGCAACAAGAUUUGGAACAUACUACUGGGUUUAUUGACGUUUUUUGAACUGUUUUCCAAUUUCUAAACUUAAA